AUGGGGAUCGGAGGAGGCGGUAAGGCAGAUGCCGUGUCCUACUACACGGCCUCUGGUAUUGCCGCCAUCAUCAAUUUCCCUCUCUGGAAAGCCUCUGCCAUAGGCCAAUCCGGGUUCCAGCUCGCCUCCACUACCACCCUCCACCCCACCUUCCCGCCCGCCCUCCCUCCCUACCUCUCCCGAUACUUUGCUGCUAUGGCCCCUCCCUACAAAGGUGUCUUUGCCACCUGGGCAGGAAUGUGUUGGGCGCGUGCGACAAUAUUCUACGGGUCCGAGAGAGGCAAGGAGCUUCUACGGCAGCGAUACGGCGUGACGGGCGCCUGGGCCGGGGCUCUCCCAGCCCUCGUUACCUCCACGUUCGUACAGCUCUGCAACAUGCCCAUCAUUCGCGCCACCAUCACCGUGCAGAACCCUGCCUCGCCCUACCGGAACACCACGGAGGCCCUGCGAGCCAUCUACAAGAAGGGAGGGGUCAAGAUGGAAGAAUGGCUCGACCCCGUUCCCGAAAAUGUCGAUAAUGCCCGAUCUCUCCUCGUCCAACGAUCGGCCAUCAAGGCGGUAACGGCUGGGCUUGCGGGGGCUGUCCUCACAAAUCCGUUGGAUGUGGUGCGCAAUGAAUGUUUUAAAAGGGAGCAGAGUCUCGGCCCUACCCUCAGAGGGCUGGUGGAGGAGGAAGGUGCCCGAUUCCUCUGGAGGGGAAUGGGCAAGAAUGUGGUAGCUGUGACAAUCCCAGUAGCUGCGACUAUUUUUUUGGCCGAUAUAAUCAGCCGCGCACGGGGCUUGUGAGAGAAGGGAGGGGGGGAGGGAGAUAGG